AGGCUAGCAGCAGCAGCUUUGCAUAGCAUCCAUAUCACAACAAAGACCUUGGAAAGUUAGUCUUUGAAAAGUGAGAGAUAUAGAAAAGGAGUUGAUAUGGGUUACAUUUCGAACAGAAUUAGCAAGGAAAAGCUGCAAUCAGGAGAUCAUAUUUACUGCUACAGAUAUCUACACACGUAUUCUCACCAUGGAAUAUACGUGAAGGAAAACAACAAAGAUAGAGUGAUCCACCUCAAUACAAAACCUAAAACAUGCAAAAACUGCCGCGGGGAACAACAAGCAGAGGAGAAGAAAGGGGGAGGAAUAGUGGUGAAAACCUGCCUUGACUGCUUCCUGGACGGUCACGGUCUUUUUCUCUAUGAAUACCAAGUAUCUGUACCAAACUUCUUGGUACAAGUCCCAGGUACAUGCACCACGGGCCCUGCCGAUGAUCCCCGCACGGUCGUCGAUCGCGCCUAUAAGAUGCACAAAACCAAUGGUUUCGGCGCCUACGAUCUUCUGAACAACAACUGUGAGACCUUCGCAGUUUACUGCAAGACUGGAAUCCCUUACAGCGUGCAAGCCAUGCAUAUGGAAAUCGCUACAAAAACUACUCUUGCAGAAUGGGGAAAACCCCAAUCCUUCAUGACCGCACUGGCAGAUAAAUUGGAACUCAUGUUUCAGGUGAAGAAAAAGGACAAGAGACUGGUUGAAAGCGGGUCUUCAAAGUACAAGAUGGUGGUGGAGAAUGGUAAUGGGUAAUUGAUAUCAUUACCAUUAUCGUUAUCAUAAAUGCAUAGAAUUCCUAGUAAUUUCCUCAAUAAAAUAAUAGCCCGCAAUGAUUGCAGUUUGUACUCCUUGUUAUGUUGGUAUUCUCUGUCUGUUUGUUUGUUAUGUUAGGGUCCACUGCUUGUUAUUUAAUUUCACAAAAUGCGUACGCUGUAACUUUUAUAUAUAGACAUAAAAUAAUGCUGCACAUAUAUAUAUAUAUAUAUGUCUGCGUGUUUGUGUGUGUUUGUACUUUGUAUGUAUAAAUAUAUUGUUCAAUAAUUCUUGAUCAUUGGUGAUCGUGAUCAGA